UAACCCACCCCAAGAGUGGCCCCUACCCCUGUUACUCCGGUCCCUCACUCACGAAAAGGAAUGGAGUCAGCACCACAGGCGCAGAGCUGGGCAGCAACACUGACCGUGACUUGCUGCUUCUCUUUCUCCACCUUCUCAGGCCGGUGGUUGCACUAGUGAGGACCAGUUUUGCAUGUGUUUGAGCAGUUGGGAUGCUGGUGCAGCACCCUUCUCUCCACCCAUCCACCCCUCUUUGCCUAGCUCCCCUCCCCAUCCCUUUUUACCCACCCCACUCUGGAGGACAUAGACACACAAGCCACGCGCGUGUUGUGCUCCAGGCUGGGCUGCGGGAGCAGGACUGAGACAGUCAGAGCUUUCACACGGACAGACUGACAUGCUUCCUGGGUUCCUUUCUGCCUGCUGCUGUUGCUGCGGACGCCAGCACCAGCACCAUCGUCGCCACCAUCUCCUCCCUUUCCCUUCCUGCAUUGUGACUGGCACCCGCAGCACCCGCAGCAGUUGCAGCAGCAGCACAGCACCAGCCCGGAGAAGUUGACGCCUUUGAAGAGGGGAGGGGGAAAAAUCGAGGGGUGGCAAGGCACGGGGACGCUGGCAGCAGCAGACAAGAGCCCCUGAGCCCUCCGCAGGUUUUCCUGUCCUUCCCCGCGAUCUGAUUGGAUAAAGUGGGGGCUCGACGGUGGCCGACGUGGGACAGUCUGGCUGUGGCAGGGGUCUUGGAAACCAUGGGUUAUUGCAGUGGCAGGUGCACGCUUAUCUUUAUCUGUGGCAUGCAACUGGUUUGCGUGCUGGAGAGGCAAAUAUUUGAUUUCCUUGGAUACCAGUGGGCACCUAUCUUGGCCAAUUUUAUCCAUAUUAUUAUCGUCAUUCUGGGUUUAUUUGGAACUAUUCAAUAUAGACCUCGCUACAUAACAGGAUAUGCUAUUUGGCUAGUCCUCUGGGUUACAUGGAAUGUGUUUGUUAUCUGCUUCUACUUGGAGGCUGGAGAUCUCUCAAAGGAAACAGAUCUGAUUCUGACUUUUAAUAUCUCGAUGCACCGUUCUUGGUGGAUGGAGAAUGGCCCAGGAUGUACUGUGACAUCAGUGACACCAGCCCCUGACUGGGCCCCAGAAGACCAUCGCUAUAUCACGGUCUCAGGGUGUUUGCUCGAGUACCAGUACAUAGAAGUGGCACACAGUUCUCUUCAGAUCAUCCUUGCACUGGCAGGGUUCAUCUACGCCUGUUAUGUUGUGAAAUGUAUUACUGAAGAAGAGGACAGCUUUGAUUUCAUAGGUGGAUUCGACUCUUACGGCUAUCAAGGCCCACAGAAGACAUCUCAUUUACAACUACAGCCCAUGUACAUGUCCAAGUAAACAACGUGACUUCAGUGUGUCAGCUCAAGGACCUUUCAAAGAACUUGUUUCACAAUGGCCUCCUGUGUUUUACAAAGAGCAAGAAGCAACUUAUCUGUGUUUAAAACAAUAAAAAAUAAAAGACCAACCGCCGCCGCCGCCGCCACCACCAAGCAUAAGCUGAAACACAAAAAUAAAUAGUUCCACUUGGCCUCUUCCUCCUAACAAACACAGACAGAUGCCCAGGAGACCCUAUCUUGGAUUUCCUGCAUGUACAGACAACUGCCAGGCUUUUGGAAGGUCCAAAAGGAGAAGUGUUUGGUGCCCUCUACUGCCCAUUUCUGACCUUUACCUUCUGCAUUCCAACUAAUGGGAGAGCCUGAGUGAUGGUGUCAUCUAGUUCAAAAUCAUUCGACAGCCCUCCAUUCACCCGAUAGCACCGAGUCUCCUUAGUGUAGUUACAAAAUAAUAAUAAUAACAAUAACAGUAAUAAUAAAAAAUACCAUGAUGACCUUGUAACUGAAGUCUAUAUAGACGGCAGGUUGUUCGCCCUAAAGGCUGUGCAGUACAUACUUGCCUUAACCCAUCUAAGUUGUACACCAGAACUACUCAGUGCAGGCUCUCUGAAGUCACUUCCUUCAGGCUGCUGUUAAUUCUGGGGAAAACAAAGCAAGUUUUAAGUCAGCAUGUUUCAUGUCAGGGAGCAAGACUGCCUGGGUCAGCCGCUCCAGAGCUUCUGCGGGAUAAACCGCAAGCUGAGAGUGAAGUGCUUUACUGCUGAGCCGACACAGUGGCCAAAAAGUAACGAUAACAAUAAUAAUCUUGAUGAUAAUCUUUGUAAUACUAAAUAAGGUCUUGGGGAAGGGAGUGUGGGAGGAGGGGGGUAUUGGGAGACACAAAGCAAAACUCAUUAAACUACUAACCUUCCUGGAAACAGCUUCGUUAACCCCAUUCUUUUUAUUUCGUGCACUGUAGGUGCUUUUAUAAGUAACUUCCAAUGUGUCUUUUACUAACUCCAGAAACAUCUGCAGAUUUCUAUCAACAGAGGCCAACUAAAUAAAUACGUAUUAGCUAUGUUUACUCUUUUAUAUCUAAUUCAAAUGGAACAUCUGAUGUAAGUGAACCUUUUUUUUCUAACUUCCGCAUAUGAGAUUAUUUUUUGUGGGUGGGGGGUGGGGAGGGGAAAUAGUUACCUUGGUGAAAUAUUUGAGAUCUCUUUGUGGUAUUUGGGGGAUCUGUUGUGUGUUAGAGUGUGUAUUUUAAUCUUCCUGUAUUAUCGUGGCUGAAAAAAAAAACUGUGCUGUUAUGUAGUUGGCAACAAGAUGCCUUUGGGAACUUAAUAGUAGGUCAAUGUGUUUAUGGAAUACUCUGAACUCCUAGGAAAUUUCGUUUUGUUUUGAAUCUGAUCUGUAUUUUCAGGCACUAUGUGGCUUUCAUUAGCGGUAAACAUAUUUUGUUCAGGCUUUUCAGGAACUUGGAUUGGCCUUGUUUCUUUUCUUGGAACCACCUUGGAACACUUCAGACAAGGGGGAAAAUACUAAUGCCCUCCCACCACCUUUAAGGGACAAGUGAAAUCCAGGGCUUAGAACAGCUUAAGUUGGUAAAGAAUGAGUCUUUUCCUAGUUCUCUCUCUUUGUUGGAGGUUCUGAGAUAACCUGUGUGAAACCUGAGCCUGCCCAUAUCUACAAAACCAAGUCCUGUUUACUGUGUUUGCAUGGAUAUCUGUAUCACACACACACAAAUAUAUCUCUUCUAUAUAUUUAUUUUUUAAAUUGUCUAGAAACAGAAGAACAAAAGUUCACCAUUGGAAAGUAAGCUACAAGACAGGUUCCAGGAAUUAUACUUGCAUUUUUUUUCCAGUGGCUUAUACAUGUGUGUCUAUAUAUACACAUGUAAAAAACAUAAAAUCUCCAAUUUCUCAGUGGAACCUCCUCUCAUGCACAUUUCCUGCAUGUUUGAGUAACAUAUUGGGGAAAAAAUAUUGACCCCAGACUCAUCUUUUGGCAUCAAAACAUAAAUGCUACUUUGGGGAAAGGAUCGGAAUGUCAACAUUUUUAUGAGGUUUCUCUCUACGUGCCUGUAAUGAGGUUUUGCUGUAGCAUACAUGUGUAUGUAUGGAUGGGUGUAGGCAUAAGCACACCCCGCACAUAAUAGGCCCUCAUAGUCCUACUUUAAGUUGCAGCCAAGUCACCAUCACCCCCUUCACACAUUAAAACAAAAAAUGAUGUUGACUACUAAACAAUGUUCAGUGGACAGAUCUGACAUGGGAGCAAUUCUGAGCACAGUAGUGUGACUAUAUCUGGAAUAACAUCCAAGUUAUACAGCAGCUGUAUCCUCCUCAAAAUCCAGGAAAGAAUGCUAUUUUUCUAGGCUGGGCUUUUGUUAUAAAACCUAAUAUUCAGAAGGCAAGAGUUAUGAUCCUGAUGUGUCUUUUUUCUUUCUUUUUCCUUGGCAUUUGUUAAUUCUGAAUGUAUUUUUAACAGAAGUGAUUUUUUUGACUUAUUAGUGUAAUUUGCAUUUUAAAAAUAAAUGGAAAAA